GAAAAUAUCGCCAACGUGCGGCUCGCUGUCUUCCAUUCCCCAGGCCGGUCACUGUCCUCGCCGCCGGCCGGCCUCCUCCUGCUCCAACAGCUCGCUGCUGCCACUUCCGGCAAGCCACGAGAUCGACCUCCACUUCAGUGGCAUACCGCGCUAUUUACCCAAUACUAGAACAGAAUGGCUGCGUCUGACAAGACAGAUAUGUCGCUCGUGCGCACAACGGUGCAAGAGCUGGCGGCGGCCGUCGAGGAGCCGCCGCCACAGUACGUGGUUGAUGAGAUGUUGGCCGCUGAUGAGAUGCCAGAGCCCAUCCCUCUCAUCGAUCUUAGCCGGCUGACGGAUUCCGACGAGGCUGACAAGCUCCGGGAGGCUCUACAGACCUGGGGCCUCUUCCUGGCGACCAACCAUGGAAUCGAGGAGUCCCUUAUGGAUGCCAUGAUGAGUGCGUCAAGAGACUUCUUCAUGCAACCGUCUGAAGAAAAGCAGAAAUACAGCAACUUGAUAGACGGCAAGCACUUCGAGAUGGAAGGCUAUGGAAAUGACAAAGUUGUGACUCAGGAUCAGGGCCUGAGUUGGAACGACCGCUUGCAUUUGAGAGUGGAGCCAGAAGAUGAGAGGAAUUUCGCCAAGUGGCCCACUCACCCGGAAUCUUUUAGGGAUCUGCUACAUGAGUACGCAUCAAAAACCAAGAGAACAAGAGACCUUAUCUUGCGAUCAAUAGCCAAGCUCCUGGACCUUGAUGAGGAAUACUUCGUCAACCAAAUAUCAAACAAGGCUUUCGGGUUUGCUAGAUUCAACUACUACCCUCCAUGUCCCAGGCCUGACCUAGUUUUGGGCCGGAGGUCUCACACUGAUGGUGGUCUCCUUACCAUCCUUUUUGUCGACCAAGACGUCGGUGGAUUGCAAGUUGAGAGAGCUGGGAAAUGGUAUAAUGUUCCAGCCAAGCCUUAUACGUUGGUGAUUAACGUAGCAGACUGCAUGGAGAUAAUGACCAACGGAAUCUUUAGGAGCCCAGUUCACAGGGUGGUGACGAAUGCCGACAAGGAGAGGCUUUCACUGGCCAGGUUUUAUGCUGUGGAUGCGGAAACGGUGCUGGAGCCGGCGCCUAGUUUAUUGAAUGACAAGCGACCACCAAGAUAUGAGAAAAUCAAGGCCAAGGAUUUCGUUCCUUUUUCUCGACUGAAAAGUUCGUAGUUGGGCUCUUUGAACAUUAUUUUUCCGUACGUCCAGGGAAAAGAUUCGUCGAGACCCUGCAAAAUAUAAGUUCAACGUUUUAAUUAGUUUAUUGACGUAGUUUUCGCAGUGAUUGCCUAUAUAUGGAUAAUAAAUGAAGAGAUUGUUUCUCUUCUGUGAGUGGGGUUUUUAUCUGUAAUCUAAUCGUCUUUCUUCAAUGCUUAGCUAGCAACCAGUUUAUUUCCUGAACAAAUUGCACGUGAAAUCUAUUUGUCUUGAGUU